GAUCCCGAGGUUCUGGACCGCGAGAUGGAAGCGCAGGCUCUGCUGCGCUCCAAAAUGGUCCGCUCUGUGUCCUCCAUCAUGAACGUGGACACGCUGAGCAGUCUGGAGCAAGUGGGCAGUGCCUUGACCGCCAUCGCAGGAGACGGCAGCGGCGUCGACAACGAGGGAAAGGCGAUCAUCAUCAAGCUCCUCCAGAAGACGGUGUCCCUGGCAUCCAACCUCAAGGUUGAAGCGCCGCAACAACUGCUCGACUUUUGCAUGUACGCCGUCGGAACCAUGGGCGGCAUCGUGUCGCGCAUGACAAAGCAACUCAUCGAAGGCGUCGUUAUGCCCACGGACAGAGCGAAGGCGGUCAACAUCGAGUACGACACCGAGAUCGCCUUGGAAGGAGAGCCGGAGAAAGAAAACCUGUUCGACGGAACUGUCCCAAUGGAAGUGGCUCUUGCCAGAGCGGUAGUCUUGGAGGAAAAAAUGAAGGCUGAGAAGCAGAUCACGACCAUGGUCCAGCUCACUGUCGACCUGGUUCUGGCCAUUCUGAGGAACAUCAUCGUGGGAGAAAAACCGCUAGAGUUCCGGGCGCCCAGCGGCCUGGGACUAACCAUUUCCAUGUUAGUGUCUGCUUUCACUGCGGAGAGUAAACUGUUACUUUUUACGCAACCUGAGAGUGAGCAGAGAGAGCUGAUUACAAAAACAGUUUAA